AUGAGGGACGACAAUCCACCCCGCGACCUCACAUCUCUCGCUCUUACCUGUCGUUUCCUCAGCGAGCCCGCCUUCGACACGCUCUGGCACAAUCUUCGCGACAUUGCUCCGCUCCUGUGCACAUUUCCAAAGGACCUAUGGUCACAGCUGAUGUUCCUGCGAGCGCCAGCGAGGCAAGAUUUCGCGCGAUUCUCUAUGUAUUCCAGGCGUGUCAAGAAGCUCGGAGACUGGUCUCCACGGGACCCCGUAAAUGGAGAGUCGCCGUCCAACGACAAACUCAGGUACCUCACCACCUCUAGCCACCACAUCCCUUCUUUGGUGUGGGACUUCCUGUUCGCCUUUGGGCCCAAGCCGCUCCUACCCGGCUUGCAGUUUCUCUCUCAUGAGGAAAUGACGAUGCGACCCGACAUCAACUACCGCAAAACCCCGAUUCACUUUGCCGACCUGCUCUUUGGACCCACACUAAAGAAGGUGGACAUAUCCUACAUUGGCCCGUGCCGGUGUCCAGAACGUGCCAACGACCUCGCUCGUAUCCUUUCAGCUGUGGCUCCCGCCCUGGAGUCACUCAAGAUAAAAGCCAUACCCACAUCCCAUACCUGUCGGAUCGGAGACUCUCUCCACUGGAACCCACAGGAUCGCCUCUUCCAAGGCCUAAAAAACUUCAACGUUCGCGAUGUCGCUGUCGCGCCAGACACUCUCAUGGCGCUGGGCAAACUACCUUGUCUGGAGUCGUUGCUACUUCAUGUCGAGUCAGCCGACUACCGCUGCUGGGACUCGUUGCCCCAUGAACGGUCUGCCGGUUUGUUUCCCGCCCUCCGAAAGGUUGCCUUCUACCAUAUCGACGUCGAGUGGUGCACGGCCUUCCUGCACAUCUUGUCAUCCCCCUCACUACAGAAAGUGUGCGUCCGAUGUGGAAGCGACCAGCUGCCACCUUCGUCUCUCCUGGAAGUGUUCUGCAGUGCGGUCAGCCAACUCCCCUCUGCCCGCUCGAUCGUUGACCUCUUCAUCACCGUCGGUGCUACUACCCCACCCAAAGGCAAGCGCGCCAUGGACCGCGAAAUGUACAGCUCUUCAACUUUCGCACCUCUGCACGCUCUAUCCGCCUUAGAGCGCCUUCGCGUCAAGGGACAGUGCAUAACGAUCCUUCAUGACCUGACACUGGACAUCAUGUCGCACAGCUGGCCAAACAUCGUGGAACUCGUCUUCGAAUGGGACCGGAAUGCGCGCCCCCGUCCCCACGACGUACGCUGGCCAGAUGAGGAUGACGACUUUCCCUACCCCACGUCCCUGGGUCUCCUCUACUUCGCGCGUCGCUCGACCCACCCGACGAAACUCGCGGUCGCGGUCGACUGGACCUAUCCUUCCAUACAUGCCUACGUGCCCCGCGAACUCCACUCGACCCCGCUUGUGCACCUCUCUGGACCUGCGGUCUGUCCGCUACGAGAGUUCGACACCUCCGGGUCCGUGCUCUACGACGAUUACGACGUUGCGGUGUUUUUGUCCUUGGCGUUCCCGCAACUCUCCGAAAUCUCGGACUGCUUCGAAGCGGAGGACUGGGCGGAUAUCAAAACUCUCUACUCGUGGUUCGUGCGAGUGCGGGCGCAGGAAAGGGCGUGCGCGGGGAGGAAUGGGAGGCAGUUUCCGGGGCCGGACUUGCGUGCAGAGAUCUGGUGGGCGCCUGGAUAUGUGGAUGGAAAUCCCGAUGGCGGUCUCAGCUCAGAGCUCUAG